AUGGACGACUCAAUGGCAGAGUCCGACUUUGCCAUGGACGCCAGCAGUGAUUUUGAGCUGCCCAAGAAGGCUGCUGCUAAGAAGGCUCCUGCAAAGAAGGCUGCUGCUGCGCCCAAGCCAAAAGCUGCUCCCAAGAAGCAAACCACCCUCAAGACGACCAAGACGACAAAAGCAACCACAAAGAAGCCGCCGACACCGAUAAGUGACGACGAGAACUCCGACGCCGACAUUCACUUCGACAACGACGGCGACGACAGCCUGCUCGCCGACACUCCUCCCAAGAAGGCCGCACCCAAGAAAGCACCAGCGAAGAAGGCAGCAAAGCCACUACAAGAAAUCGACAACGAGAGUUUCGCAGCCGAAGGCGCAGACAUGGACGCCGAAGACGACAAGAUGGUCCAGCCCAAGCCCAAGAAGGGCAGCGCCACCUCACAAUACCAGAAGCUCACCCAGCUCGAGCACAUCAUCAAGCGCCCCGACACAUACAUCGGUUCUGUCGAACGCCUCGAGAAACAGAUGUGGGUCUACAAUUCCGAGAACGAAGCCAUCGAGAGCCGCGAGAUCAGCUACGUACCCGGUCUGUACAAGAUUUUCGACGAGAUCCUGGUCAACGCCGCCGACAACAAGCAGCGCGACAAGAGCAUGAACGAGAUCAAGGUCUGGAUCGAUCGCGAAAAGGGCGAAAUCUCGGUGCGCAACAACGGCCGCGGUAUUCCUGUUGAGAUGCACGAGAAGGAGGGCAUCUACAUUCCCGAGAUGAUCUUUGGUCACCUUCUAACAUCCUCCAACUACGACGACGACGAGCAAAAGGUCACUGGUGGAAGAAACGGUUACGGUGCAAAGCUGUGUAACGUUUUCAGCACGAAAUUCAUCCUCGAGACGGUCGAUUCAAAACAAGGNAAAAAGUACUCUCAAACAUGGCACGACAACAUGACGAGGAAGGACAAGGCCAAGAUUACCGCGGCCAAGAGCGACGACUAUACCAGAAUCACCUUCUACCCUGACUUUUCGAAAUUCAACAUGGACAAGAUGGACGACGAUUUCGAAGCCCUGGCUAAACGUCGUGUUUACGACAUGGCUGGUACCUGUCCUGGUGUCAAAGUCUUCCUUAACGAUACCCGCAUCAAGAUUACCAAGUUCAAGCAGUACAUGGAAAUGUACACCAAGGCCAUCAAGACCGAAAGCUUGAUCAACGAAGGAGUCAACAACCAGGUCAUUCUAACUGACAACCCCAACGAGCGAUGGGAGGUCGGUUUUGCUGUUUCUGAUGGCUCUUUUCAGCAAGUUUCCUUUGUCAACUCGAUCGCCACUACUUCAGGAGGUACCCACGUCAACUAUGUCGCCGAUCAGAUUAUCAACAAGCUGCUGGAAAUCGUCAAGAAAAAGAACAAGGGUGGUGUAGCGCUCAAGCCUGCUCAGAUCCGUAACCACAUCUUCCUUUUCGUCAACUGCUUGAUUGUCAACCCAGCAUUCAACUCGCAAACCAAGGAACAGCUCACAACAAAGGCCUCCCAGUUUGGUAGCAAAUGUGUACUCGGCGACAAGUUCCUCAAGGAUAUCGCCAAGACAGAGGCCGUCAACAACAUCAUGCACUUUGCUCAGCAAAAGGCCGACCAGGUCUUGAAGAAGUCGGAUGGCAACCGCCGUACGCGCAUGAGCAAUACCAAACUCACAGACGCCAACAAGGCUGGUACCAAGGACGGUUACAAGUGUACUCUGAUCUUGACAGAAGGUGACUCGGCCGCUAUGCUUGCGCUUGCAGGUCGAGCUGUCGUCAACCAAGAUCUGUUCGGUGUCUUCCCUCUGCGUGGUAAGAUGUUGAACGUUCGUGAUGCAUCCAUCGACCAGAUCUCCAAGAACGCCGAAAUCCAAAACAUCAAGCAGUUUAUGGGACUGCAGCAUAAGAAGGAGUACACUGACACGAAGAGUCUUCGCUAUGGUCAUUUGAUGAUCAUGACCGAUCAGGAUCACGAUGGCAGUCAUAUCAAGGGUCUUUUGAUCAACUUCCUCCAAGUCCAGUUCCCCAGCUUGCUCAAGAUUCCUGGCUUCCUCUUGGAAUUCAUCACACCUAUCGUCAAGGUCUGGAAGGGCGAUCCGAAGUUCCCCAGAGCAAAGAAGGACUUCUUCACAAUGCCCGAGUAUGAGGCAUGGAGACAAGAGCCUGGUCAUGACAAGGGUUGGGACCACAAGUACUACAAGGGUUUGGGUACUUCGGAUACCAGAGAUGCCGAGAUCUACUUUAGUGAUCUAGACAAGCAUCUCAAGGAGUUUCACACCAUGCAAGAGCACGAGAAGCAGUUGAUCGACCUCGCUUUCAGCAAGAAAAAGGCCGACGACCGCAAGAUGUGGCUCCAGAACUUCGUGCCCGGAACUUAUCUCGACAUGUCUGGCAAGGAGAAGAUCAGCUACGACGAUUUCAUCAACAAGGAGCUCAUUCUCUUCAGUAUGGCUGACAACUUCCGUUCCAUCCCUUCUCUAGUCGAUGGUUUCAAGCCUGGUCAGCGCAAGAUCUUGUACACAGCUCUCAGGAGAAACCUGAAGAAGGAUGUCAAAGUUGUUGAACUUGCUGGUUCAGUCUCAGGUCUGACCGCAUACUCUUACGGCGAAACUUCCCUGCAACAGACCAUCAUUGGUCUCGCUCAGACUUUUGUGGGCUCCAACAAUAUCAACGUGCUCGAGCCUAGUGGUAACUUUGGUAGUCGUCUCCAAGGUGGUAGCGACGCAGCCAGCGCUCGUUACAUCUACACUCGUCUGUCUCCUUUCGCUCGUCGCAUCUUCAAUGCCCACGAUGAGCCCCUUCUCACAUACAACACCGAUGAUGGCAAGACAAUCGAGCCAGAGACAUACAUCCCCGUUGUUCCCAUGGUGUUGAUCAACGGUGCUGACGGUAUCGGUACUGGUUGGUCAACUUCCAUCCCCAACUACAACCCUGCAGACGUCAUUGAGAAUAUUAGACUCAGAAUGGCUGGUAGCUCAAAGGCAGACAUGAAGCCCAUGCAGCCUUGGUUCCGUGGCUGGAAGGGUGAGGUUGAGGAUAUUGGCAACGGUCGAUUCAAAUUCACUGGUAUCAUUGAGCACAAGGAUGACAACACUGUUGAAGUCACAGAAUUACCUGUUCGCUUCUGGACUCAGGACUUCAAGGCCCACCUUGAGGAAAUCAUCAAGGCUGAGAAGACACCCUCGUUCAUCAAGGACUACAGCGAGUACAACACACCUGAAAAGGUUCACUUCAUCAUUACUCUUGACGACAAGGGCAUGAAGGUUGCACUUGACAAAGGCUUGGAAGACCAGUUCAAACUCAGCAGAACCAUGGCAACCACAAACUUGGUCGCUUUCGAUGGUCAAGGCCGCAUUCACAAGUACGAGACUCCUCUUGACAUCAUGGAAGAGUUCUAUCACAUCCGUCUUGCAUUCUACGAGAAGAGAAAGCAAUACCUUCUCAACGAGAUGCAGAAGGAACUUGACAAGCUGAGCAACCAGUCUCGUUUCGUCCAAAUGAUCAUCGAUGGCAAGCUUACUGUCUCGAAGAAGAAGAAGUCCGUCCUUGUUGCCGAGCUCCACAAGCUCAACUUCAAGCCCAUCCCCAAGCUGUCAGAUGCCAAGAAGCAGGGCGAGUUUGAAGAAGUUGUUGAAGAAGAGGACGAUGCCGAGGACCCUGCACCUGGUGCCAACGACUUCGACUACCUUCUGGGCAUGGCCAUCUGGUCUUUGACACAAGAGAGAGUUGAGAAGCUCCUCAGGCAGAUCGGCGACAAGGAGGCCGAGGUUGACGCUCUUAUCAAGCUCUCACCCAAGGACCUCUGGACCAAGGACUUGGACGAGCUUCUCGAGGAAUGGCAUACUCAGUUGGAAGUUGAGGAGACACGUGCGAAGAAAUCGAAGGGCAAGGGCCGUCGCACUUCUCACAAGCUCGGUCUGUUGGGCAACAGCAAGAAGCGCAAGUCGGACGAUAGCGACGACGACGACGAUGAUGACUUCGUUGUUUCUAAGAAACCGAAAACCGCCGCCAGAUCGACCGCCGCUUCGAAGACUGCUCCAGCGGCAAGGUCCAAGGUUUCGAAGGGUGCGACGGGGCUGCUUGACAAUUUCCUUGUCAAGCCCGCUGCCAGCAAACCAACUGGUGUGUUCCCUGUUGUUGAUGGAAUCGAGCAGCAGCCUGUUGAAGCGCCCCCGGCAGUCAAGGCAGGUUUGAUCGCGCCUUCAGACAUUACCAAGCCACUCGUGAAGAGAAAGCCGACCAAGCUUGAGGACUCUGACGAUGAUAUCGAGAUGGUCACCAAGCCGGUUGCCAAAGCACCGGUCAGGAGGGUUAAGACUUCUCUCGAUACUGACGACGAGGAAGAGGUUGCCAAACCAGCUGUCAAGGCUUCGGCAAAGCCAGCUGCUAAGCCUGCGCUCAAGAAGAAGCCCGUCAUGGAGUCUGAUUCGGGAGAUGAAGAUGUCGAGAUGUUUGACGCUGCAAAGAUGAAGCCCGUUGCUCAACCCGCCACUACAUCUCGUACCGGACGUGCCGCGACAAGAAAGCCAGUCAAGUACGCUGCAGACUCUGACGAAGAUAUGUCUGAUGACGACCUCGGCGACAUCAGCAAGAUGGUCAAGGAGCUCCCCAGCGCCGCUCCAGGCCGCUCUCUCCUCAGCAACUCGACCCACCGCACCGGCGCAAGCCACGGCAUCAAAUCCUCGCAAGGCAGNAAAGAGAGCGUCGAGCCCGUCGACGACACAGACUGGGCUGAGCUCGCCAAAGGCACACCCGCCAAACCCAUUGCCGCUCAAGCCACCACAGUCGCAGCCUUUUCCGACGACGAAGACGCAAACAUGGAUGACGACAGUAUUCUUCUAUCUACCCGCAAACCGCAACCGCUAAAGACAAUCUCCAAGACUGCUGCAACAAAAUCUACUGCGUCUCCUGCCGCAAAGGCGAAGAAACCAGCAGUCGCACCAGUCAAGACGCUAUCGCCAGCCGCAAAGGCAUACGCAGCCAAGCAAUCCAAAGCCGCCGCUGUUGCCAAGGCACCUGCAUCACGCAAGAAGACAGCACUAGACAGCGAAGACGAAGACGAGGAUCUCGCUAAUGAUAUCUUGAGCGAUGAUGAUGAGGAUAUGGCAUCACCCGCUGUUGCUCCUGCUUCGAGGCCUUCGAGAAGAGCUGCUGCUGCUAAGCCUAAGGCUAAGUACAUCGUUGACGAUGAAGAUGAGGAUGAGAGCGAGGAAGAUUUCGUGGAGGAAGAUGAGGAGGAAGAGACGUUUGAGGAGGAUAGCGAGUAA